AUGUAUGUGCAGCUGAUGAUCGCCGGAUGCAACGCAUCCGAUGAGUGUCUACAUGUACACAAAGUGACGCACGUUGAUCUGGAGGCCAUCUCGCCCGAUAAGCCCGUUAGCAGCAUUGCCACGAAUAUCAAGUGCUACACCAGGUGCCUGAUCAAGGACUACAUUGGCAGUGAUAACAAGCUGGAUCUCGCCCGCCUCGGGCCCAAUGCCAGCGCCUACGAGCGUCUCGUGAUGCGUCACUGCAAGCAAAUAUUCGAUGGACUGAAUGCCUUCUCCGAUCCCUGCGACUAUGGAUACCUCGUGCUCCAAUGCAUGACCAUAAAUACCAAGCCAAGGAAGCUGAACUUACUAACUGGUAUACCCAUGCUAUAA